UGAAACUCCUUCACCAGGCCGCUGGAUCUAGAAUCGGCUGGGUAGGGCUGCAGCAUGUGGCAUCUAAUUGGUCAUGGACAAUGGAGGACAACCCUCUUUACGAACAUGUCUACCCAAAUGCUCCAGCUGGUAUCUUGGGUCAGUGUGUUAAGUUUCAAAGUGGAAUUCUACGCAAUGUAAAGUGUCUUGCACAACACAACUUUGUUUGUCAAAACAGUGAAUUCAAGUACUUCUUAAUUGAGAGAAUGAUGGACUGGACCAGAGCGGUUGAAUAUUGCAGGGCGAACUACACAGACCUGGCAAGCAUCAGGGAUGAGGCAGACAAGAGGGCCUUGACUGAUCUAGCAGGUGACCAGGAAGUGUGGAUCGGACUCCACAACAGGUUUCGCUGGGCAGACGGACGUGUGUUCUUGUUGCAUGACCAGGAAGUCGCAGAACUUCGCUCAGUUAAAGGCAAUCACAGAUGCACAGUCCUCAAUGAGAAUCUUGUGUGUGAUGACUGCUUAAAAACUAAACCUUUCUUCUGUCACAAAGAUGUAACAGAAACACUUCAGAAGUCUUUCAGAAUCAUGAUCAAAAGCAGCCACAACCUUGAAAAUAGUCCUAAUCUACAAGAAGCUAUUCUGCAACAGAUUCAUCAAGAAAUAUCUGAAGAGGAUCCUGAGCAGAAUUUGAAAGUGACAUGGAAGCAGCCAUGUCGUUUCUUGGUGCUCGACUGUAGUUCGAGUGAGUACCGUGAAUACCACUAUGUGAAUGUUCCACUGACCUGGCAGGACGCAAAAGCUCACUGUCAGUCAGAGUACUCAGACUUGGCCUCGGCACGCAACGAUGAAGACCUUGGGCACCUGAACCACAUCGCUGGAUCCCCCACUAGGAUGGGCUGGAUAGGACUCUACCAAGUUAAAUAUAAUUGGUCAUGGACAAUGGAAGACAACCCUCUUUACAAUUACGAACACGGCGCGUUUCUGGUGUGGACAAAUGCUCCCGGUGGUGGAACCAGCCAGUGUGCUCGAUUUAUAAAUGGCGAGAUGAAACAAGGAUCAUGCGACAGACAACUCUACUUUGUUUGCCAAAACGCUGAAUUCAAGUACUUCUUAAUUGAGAGAAUGAUGGGUUGGACCAGAGCACUUGAAUACUGCAGGGCGAACUACACAGACCUGGCAAACAUCAGGGAUGAGGCAGACAAGAGCACCUUGGCUGAUCUAACUGGUAGCCAAGUCGUGUGGAUCGGACUCCACAACAGGUUUCGCUGGGUAGACGGACGCACUUUCUUGCUGAAUGACCAGAUCUCUGGACUCUCCAGCGUGGACGUCAUGAAAUGUGCAGUGCUUAGUGAGAGUCUUGUGUAUGACGACUGCUCGAACUCUAGACCUUUCUACUGCCACAGAGAUGUGACUAAAGCACUGUCGGUCAGAAUCAGGAUUAAAAUCAGCCAGAACCUCGCAACGAACCCUACUCUUCAAGAAGCUAUUCUGCAUCAGAUUCAUCAUAAAUUAUCCGAAAUGGAUCCUGAGCAGAACUUCAAAGUGUCUUGGAAGCAACUUGGAGAAGAGAAAGAGAAGAAAGUGAAAGAAUUGAAGUGAAAAGCAAGCACACAAUGUGUAUACACACUUGAUAUUA